AUAGACAGUUCUUCUCCUCAUCGAUUACUCUUCCUAGUAAUGGCUCUCGUAACUUUAUUUCUGUUACUCGAUAAAAACAAAUCUGCCAAUAGGAGAAAUGAACUGGUGAAGUCGGUAAACGAAGAUUUUGUGAAUGCUACGAUUCUUGUCAUUACACCCACGUACAAGAGGCCAAAGAGAUUGAUCGUAAUUAUUUUGUUGUUUCUUGUUGUCGCAGACGUUGGCUCAUGUUUCUCUCUGCGUUGGAUCGUCGUUGAAGACGGAAUGACUACUGUUCCAGCUGUUUCUCGAAUUCUCCAGAGAAGUGGAGUGCCUCAUGCUUAUCUUGCUACCAUUUUAGGAGAUGAAAUGCCUCGGCGAGGUUGGACACUUCGGAACUUGGCGUUGCAGUAUGUAAAGGAGAACUACUACAAUCAUCGAGAAGCAGUGCUUUAUUUUUCCAAUGAUGACAAUUUCUAUGAUGUCCGCUUAUUUAACGAUUACAUCCGUAAAGUGAAUAGGAUUGGAGUGUGGGCAGCAGGCCUCGUAGGUGGAGCGUGGGUGGAAGCUCCACGCUUUUCCGCUAAUGGAAAGGUGAUCGUGUGGGAUGCAAUGUUCGCACCAGGUCGCCCAUUUUCCAUCGACAUGGAUGGAUUCAAAUGUCUAGGAGCUGUUGCUAUGAAUUUCAAUGCGUCGUUCAAUACACAAUGUGUCCGACCCGAAUCAUGCUUUUUAUGGCAGUUCGGAUUCACAAAGGAGAAUCUGGAGGCUUUUGGGUAUAAGGACUUUCUUAAAGAGGUGUUAGUUUGGCACACGAAGACGUCCAAAUCAAAGGAAGACGAAGACGUCGAAACGUUAGCCGGAAAUGAAUAA